UAGUAGUUGCCAUUAGUGUGAUAGUUUGGGGGGUUGGGGACGAUGGCCAAGUUCGCUUUAGGAUCGGAACCGGUGGUGGGCUCCCUCUCUUCCUCGAAGAAGAGAGAGUACAGAGUCACCAACCGCCUCCAAGAGGGCAAGAAACCCAUUUACGCCGUCGUUUUCAACUUCAUCGACUCUCGCUACUUCAACGUCUUCGCUACUGUCGGCGGCAACCGGGUGACUGUGUAUGAAUGUCUCGAAGGAGGAGUGAUAGCUGUUUUGCAGUCUUACAUUGAUGAAGAUAAGGAUGAGUCUUUCUACACGGUGAGCUGGGCGUGUAAUGCCGAUGGGACCCCGUUGCUUGUGGCCGGAGGGUUCAAUGGCACGAUGCGUGUCAUUGAUUGUGGGAGUGAGAAGAUAGAUAAGAGUUUUGUUGGCCAUGGUGAUUCGAUAAAUGAAAUCAGGACUCAGCCGUUGAAGUCAUCACUUGUAGUGUCAGCAAGUAAAGAUGAGUCGGUUCGGCUAUGGAAUGUUCAUACUGGGAUAUGUAUUUUGAUAUUUGCUGGAGCAGGUGGUCAUAGAAAUGAAGUCUUGAGUGUGGACUUCCAUCCAUCUGACAUUUAUCGCAUUGCAAGUUGUGGCAUGGACAACACAGUUAAGAUAUGGUCAAUGAAAGAGUUCUGGACAUAUGUAGAGAAAUCUUUCACAUGGACAGAUCUUCCAUCAAAAUUCCCUACAAAAUACGUACAAUUUCCUGUUUUCCUAGCCGCCAUUCAUACAAAUUAUGUUGACUGCAAUAGGUGGCUUGGAGAUUUCAUGCUCUCAAAGAGUGUUGACAGUGAAAUAGUGCUAUGGGAGCCAAAAAUGAAGGAGCAGUCUCCCGGGGAGGGCACUGUUGACAUCCUUCAAAAGUACCCUGUUCCAGGGUGUGAUAUUUGGUUCAUCAAGUUCUCCUGUGAUUUUCAUUAUUAUGCAGCUGCUAUAGGGAAUAGAGAAGGAAAGAUAUUCAUUUGGGAACUACAAUCCAGCCCCCCAGUCCUUAUUGCAAAGUUGUCUCAUCCUCAAUCAAAAUCUCCAAUUAGACAAACUGCCAUGUCCUUUGAUGGAAGCACCAUUCUCAGCUGCUGUGAAGAUGGGACUAUUUGGCGUUGGGAUGUCAUUGAAAAUUCUUGAACCUGGCCCAUCCAUGUGCAUGAAUUGAUCAAACUGCUUAGCGGAGUCUAAUUCCGGUCAGCAUCUUUUCAUUUGUGGUUUUGUAUUUUGUGUUAUUCAGAAUAGAGAUAACAGAGGAAUGACGGAAUUGUAGAGUAGAGUUAUAAACUUAUAAUACUCCGUGACCCAUCCAAGCCUAGUUAUGUAAUCUUAUAGCACGUCUAGGGUCCAGAGUUUGCAAUGAAAGUGUACUAGAAGAAUGUUAUGGUUCUUGGUUGGCAUUUCCUGUUGUGGCAUCACGCGAAUUUCACCAAUAUGAAAAAAAAAAUUAAGGAUUUAAGGCUGGGAUUUAGUCUGUUAAGAUUGUCAUCAUGAGAUGAC